AUGGGCUCACCUUCGGAGCUGACCCUGGAUUUCAGACCCCAUGGCCAUUCAGCAGCUCUCAGGGCCAUCGCUGACCAGUCUGACCAGACCCAGAAUCUGGAAGACUUCCUCUCUCGCCUCGAGAAGGAGCGCCUCAAGAUCGAGGCCUUCAAGCGCGAGCUUCCUCUCUGCAUGCAGCUCCUCAACAACGGUAAUCAUGAUUUCUUCUUCUUCUUCUUCCGCUUCUUGUUUGCUGUCGUCGUCUUCGUCUGGGUCUUCUCCUUUUGGCUGCUACGAUUAGAUAAUUAAUUUUACGUCAGCAGAAUUGGCCUCUGGUUUGAUCGUUCUCCAUGUUCUCUGCUGCCUGCAGCCAUGGAAGCCUACAGACAGCAACUUGACAUGCACCACACUAAUCGGUCCCCGAGGCCAGUCCUCGAAGAGUUCAUACCCCUCAAGAACCCGAGCGCUGCCGCGGAAGCUCCGGAGAAGCCUGCGGCAGCUGAUGAUGUCUUAUCGGAGAAGACGAGCUGGAUGACGACGGCGCAGCUGUGGGGCACCACCGUCGAGGGCGGCGCCGCCGUCCAGAGAACGCUUACACCGCCGGAGGCCACCGACGACAAGCGUCGGACUGUCGGGGCCUUCCUCCCGUUCUCCAAAGAACGGGACGGAAGGGUACGCAGUGGCCUUCCCGAGCUUGCCCUCGCUCCCAUGGAGAAGGAAGACGAGAAGAGUCCGUAUUCGGAGAACGGCGGCAAAGGCGGCGGCGGCGCCGAUCACGCGAAGACCGCCGCGGUGGACGGUGGGCAUGCGACGGCGGCACAGACGCAGAGGAAGGCGCGGCGGUGCUGGACGCCGGACUUGCACCGGCGGUUCGUGAACGCUCUUCAGAUUCUCGGCGGCUCCCAAGGUGAAUGCCCCACGACGUUGCAUGGUACCCAUUAACGAAUAAAAUAAAGUAACAGAUAAAUUAUUCAUUUCUAUCCCUGAAAAAUUCUUCUUUUGUGGCCUCCUAUUUUCUCGUCAAUAAAUAUAGUUAAAUGUAUUCAUCCCCAUAUUUGUGACAACAGUGGCCACACCGAAGCAGAUUAGGGAGCUGAUGAACGUUGACGGGCUGACUAAUGACGAGGUCAAGAGCCACCUUCAGGUAUCAUUAUCCUCCCUCGCUGUGCUCUAAACCAUGUCAACGGGUUAAAUCACAUGCUGAUCGAUUACAUCAGAUUAUCCAAGAAUCGGUUCACAUAAACUUUGAUCAUCUUUCUCCUUCCCGAUCAGAUUGUGGCCGAUUUUGAUCUGGAUCGGUACGUCCUAGAUUAUGCACCCCUGUAAAUUAACCAUAUUUAAUUUAUGAAGUGAAAACAAGUUAAAUUGGCGAACUUAUGAUAAUGAGACGGUAGAAUACAGUUAUUUUUUUAUAUUUUAUAAAUUUGAAUGUGAACGGAAUUCGUAAUUUGAGGUUGAUAAUACGGCUGGAUUUUUUUUUGAAACAUUCAUCUUUAGCGUUUCUGAUUGUACUCGAAUCUUGUUGGGUUGAUGUAGAAGUAUCGGCUCCACACGAGGCGGCCGAUCUCCGCCCCACAGACGUCCGCUGCGGCGGCGCCUCCCCAGCUGGUGGUGCUCGGAGGCAUAUGGGUUCCGCCGGAAUAUACCACGUCGUCCACCACGGCGAAGGGAGGGCAGCUCUUCUACGGCGGCCACGCAGCCGCAGCCCACUACUGCGCCGCCGCUGUGCAACAGGACUUCUAUUCCCCGGCGCUACAGCCACCGCAUUAUCACCACCACGGAACGGCUUCAGCCGCCAGAGCUGUCUUGGCGGCGCCCCACGAGGUGAAGCGCGAGACACUGGAGUCGGAGGUUAGGAGAAGCCCCAGCAGCACCCACAGCACGGAGGAAGACGAGGUGGAGGGAGACGACGACGACGACGACGACGAUGACUACGUAGAGGAGGGGAGGCCUUCUGAGGCCGCGAGUGGGAAGGAAGGUGACGAGAAGGCGAUGGCGACGCUGAGGGAGGAUGGGAAGCUGAGCGGAGUCCGCCUCAAGUUCUAG